AUGGAUGGAUGCAAACGUAAGCAUCCCCGCCUCCACCAUCACGCUAACAUGCGCACUUCCCCCCCCUCCAAACUCCACAUGUCACCUGAAAACCCUUUCUCACCUGCACCGCGUUCCCACCAUCACCUCCACACAACAACUUCUAUUUUACUAACAUGCGUCAUCACCUCCUCUACUCCACCACCGUCGAGGAAGUGUGGGAAUCGGGGGUGUAGAGGGUUGAAGAAGGCGAUGGAGUUCGAUUUGCAGAUGCAGGGUGAGGAUUGUUUGAGAUCUGGAGGGAAGGAGGUGAAGGACAUUAAUGAAUUGCCUUGGAAAGGUGGGAGUGAGGCUAAUCCUGAUUAUGAGUGCUUGCGUGCUGAGUUGAGGAAGAUGGCGCCGCCUAAUGGGCGGGCGGUACUGCUUUUCUGGGCAAAAUGCGGGUGCCCAGUUGCUAAGCUUGAAGGGUGGGGACCCAAACGCAGCCGUCGGCACAAGAACAGUGUAAGGGUACAAGCACUUGCAGGUGAAUAUGAUAUUCUUCAGGACUCUUACUAUGAAUGGCGGAGGAGAUCAUCGCUGAUCUUUUCUGAUGGCACUGCUGUUGGGAUCUCAUCUCUCUGUCCCUCUUUCUGGCAUCUGAUUUGGGUUGAUAGUGGGUGUGUAUGUCAAGGGCCACUAGCUGCUAUGGAAGCCACAGAUCUGCUUCCCAUACCCUGA